AUGUCUAAAGAAGAGAAAAGAGAAAAGUUCUUGAGCGUUUUCCCUAAGUUGGUAGAAGAAUUGAAGUCGAUUUUGGUUGGCUAUGGUAUGAGAGGUGAUGCUGUUCAAUGGUUUGAAAACUCAUUGAAUUACAACACCCCAGGGGGAAAGCUGAACAGAGGUUUAUCAGUCGUUGAUACCUAUGCAAUCUUGACUGGCAAGGGCUCCUUCAAGGAUCUCUCAGACGAUGAAUACUUCAAAUUGGCCACCCUUGGCUGGUGCAUUGAACUGCUACAAGCCUACUUUUUGGUUGCCGACGAUAUGAUGGAUAAGUCUAUCACCAGAAGAGGACAGCCAUGCUGGUACCGCAUUGAGAAUGUUGGUGAAAUUGCCAUUAACGAUGCUUUCAUGUUGGAAGCUGCCAUUUACUGCCUACUGAAGAACCACUUCAAAAAGGAGUCUUACUACGUCGACUUGAUUGAAUUGUUCCACGACGUUACCUUCCAAACUGAAUUAGGUCAAUUGCUAGAUUUGAUUACUGCCCCUGAGGACAAUGUUGACUUAAGCAAAUUCUCAUUGGAGAAGCACUCUUUCAUUGUGCGUUUCAAGACCGCUUAUUAUUCCUUCUAUUUGCCAGUUGCCUUGGCUAUGUACGUUGCGGGUAUCACAGAUGCUAAAGAUUUGAAACAAGCUCAAGAUGUCUUGAUUCCAUUAGGGGAGUACUUUCAAAUUCAAGAUGAUUACUUGGAUUGCUUCGGUAAGCCUGAAGACAUUGGUAAGAUUGGUACCGAUAUUCAAGACAACAAGUGCUCUUGGGUUGUUAACACUGCGCUAAAGAUCUGCACACCUGAGCAGAGAACACUUCUAGACGAAAACUACGGUAAAAAGGAUGCCGAGUCCGAAAAGAAGUGCAAGCAGUUGUUUUACGACUUGAAAAUCAACGACAUGUACCAUGAAUAUGAGGAAGGAAUUGCCAAGGAACUCAAAGAGAAGAUUGCCAACGUCGAUGAGUCCCGUGGUUUCAAGGGAGACGUCUUGACCGCUUUCCUUGAAAAGGUGUACAAGAGAAAGAAAUAA